AUGUUACCCUCAAUUGGUGCCCAGACAGUUCUGCUCUUCGCUAAUAUUGCCUUGGUAACGGGGCGCUCACUUUCGUCCACAGUUCCAGCUACCCACGGCACUCGAAGUAGUGAUAUAUACCUCCUCAAGAAGGCCUAUCCUGUUGGUAAUGGGAAACUUGGAGCAAUGCCUCAUGGCCCCCCUGGUUUAGAGAAAGUAAUCAUCAAUGUUGAUUCUCUAUGGUCUGGUGGGCCAUUCGAAUCCGAGGUAGCUGUCCCCUGGUCACCUUUGCUUGGAAAAUCUGACAUGAUGGCACAGAGCUACUCAGGCGGCAACCCAACAUCUCCCAAAUACGAAGCACUACCGAGUUUGCGAGCGAACAUCUUCGCAAAUGGUACUGGACACGUCGAUCCUCUCCUGGGCGAAGGCGACCAUUUUGGUGCAUACCGAACCCUGGGGAACUUCAGUGUUGCUGUCGAAGAAAUAGGCGACUUUUCUGACUAUCGCCGGACGCUCGACUUGACCACAGGUGGAGCUACCUUUACUACUGUCGUCUACUGCAGCUUUCCAGCGAAGAAAACACUCACAAUUGUCAUUGGGGCAGAGACGAACUUUGAUCAGUCCAAAGGCAAUACAGAAAGUGGCUACAGUUUCCGUGGCGUGGAUCCUCACGAAUAUGUCGAACAAGUAACCAACGACGCUGCAAAACAAGGUCGCCGGAGACUUCUCGAAGGUCACCUUGAAGACUACCAGACUCUUCAAGGUAGUUUUACUUUUGAUCUCCCCGAUCCGAAUAACUCGGCGCAAAAAGAGACCGCUGCACUCAUUCAAGAGUAUGAUUCGGACGGCCCAGGAGAUCCCUUUUUGGAAGCUCUCUUGUUCGACUACGCUCGACAUCUUCUCAUCACAUCAUCACGAGAGGAUUCCCUUCCGGCCAACCUGGCUGGGCGGUGGACGGAAGAACUUUGGCCAGCUUGGAGUGGUGAUUACCAUGCCAACAUCAACCUCCAAAUGAACUACUGGGCUGCUGACCAGACAGGGCUCAGUCGGACCCAAGAUGCGCUUUGGAACUACAUGGAGAAAACUUGGGUACCUCAUCCGGCCGCUCCCGCAUGGAUGAUGCAGCACGUUUGGGAUAAUUUUGAUUACACACAAGAUGUCGGCUGGUUCAGGGAUCAGGGAUAUCCUCUGAUCAAGGGAGUUGCGGAGUUUUGGCUCUCUCAGCUGAUCGAAGAUGAUUUCAGCAACGAUGGAACACUGGUCGUCAAUCCGUGCAAUAGCCCGGAGCAUGGACCAACAACUUUUGGGUGCGCCCACUAUCAGCAAGAGAUCCAUCGCGUGUUUGAUACAGUCUUGUCUGGCGCUGAAUACGUUCAGGAAGACGAUGCUGGUUUUCUUGAAGAUGUCAAGUUUAGCCUCAAAAAGCUGGACAAAGGCCUUCAUUUGACCCACUGGGGCGGCAUCAAGGAAUGGAAGCUUCCAGAUUCUUUCGGCUUUGAAGAAAAGACUACGCAUCGCCAUCUUUCUCAUUUGACGGGUUGGCAUCCAGGAUAUUCGGUUUCGUCUUAUCUAGGCGGCUAUACGAAUGGUACGAUUCAGUCAGGCGUCAGGAAGACGCUGGAGUCUCGUGGCAAUGGUAACGGGCCUGACGCGAACGCUGCAUGGGGCAAGAUCUGGCGAUCUGCUUGCUGGGCGCGUUUGAACAACACUGACAUGGCGCAUUAUCACCUCCGCUACGCGAUCGAUGUCAACUUUGCCGACAAUGGCUUCAGCAUGUACUCGGCGCGCAACGAACCGUUUCAAAUUGACGCCAAUUUCGGGCUCGCCGGAGCGAUACUGAGUAUGCUGGUAGUCGACCUACCCCUGGCGCACGAUGCUCCCUCUCAAGAGAUCAGAACAGUGGUCCUUGGGCCUGCAAUCCCCGCAUCCUGGGCCGGUGGUAGUGUCAAAGGACUUCGACUUCGAGGAGGUGGCGCUGUUGAUUUUACCUGGAACGACGAUGGAGUAGUCACUGCAGCGGCAUUAACUGGAUCCCGAACAACAGUGAGGCUCGUAAAUGUCGAGGGUACGGUUUUGUAA